AUGCGCGCGUCAACGCCUUCGGUCGGUGCCCGAAGUUUCCGGGUCCUACGAAACCGCUUGACACGACAGCAGCUUGACAAUGCAGUGGAGGAGGUCCACCUGCCCAUGGAAGUAGAGCAGCCACAACAACAGCUUGACAAUGCAGAGAUUCUUGCAGUAGAGCAUAACUUGAUGCAGCCAGCAGAUAAAAUGCAUCAGAACCAAGGGUUUGCCCUCCACCAGCCUCUGGCUAACGACAUUAUCAUGCCUGAUAUAGUCUGGAAUGAGGAAAUUCCUCGGGAUCAAUUGGUGGUCCCAGGAGAGGAAGACCCACAAGAAAACCCAGAGGAACCUGAACCACCAGUUCAGAAUCAGGAGAUUCCAGCACAGAACCUGAAUGUUGGUAUGGCUCUGAUUGAAGGGCCAGCUAUUGAUCCAGCCUACUUGGACUGGGAAAGGAGAAAAGCAACAGAAGCCAUCAAGAUCUGGGAUAGUCUCACUCAUAAAGGCAUGUCUGGUGAUCUUACUAUCACCAUACCAAUGGAAUGGGCAAAUUUCUUCACAGCUCUUUUGCUCUCCCAGAGAGCUUCUUGUGGACCAGGGACUUCCUAUCCUCCAAGGCUGUUAGUCUGUUGGAUAAAAUUGGCUUGCAUAUCUGAAAUCGUUGAUAAUGGAGCUAUUGAAAAGAAUUUGGCUUGCAUAUCUGAAAUCGUUGAUAAUGGAGCUGCAGACCGGACAGAAGGUGAGCAAAUCUUGGAAGUUCUAGCAGAAAAACAAGGAUCUGAAGGUCAGACCUGUACACCUCCGGGGAGGAAGAAAACAGGCAAAAGGACAGUUCCACUAGUUGACAGUGAGGUAAGAAGUGAUAGGCUUAAACAAGCUCAAAAUGGUUUUAAGCCCACCUCUGGUGGCUGCAAAAACUGUCUUGCUUGCACUCCUUCAGCACCAACCUUGUCUAAGGAAGUGAUCAAAAAUUUGGGUGUGCAGUUUUGUAAAAUGAAUCCAGAUGACUUGUUAGAUGAAGCCCUGAUGAAAAAGAGAAGCAAGCCAAGUCCAGUGAAGAAAGGAAAAGGCAAGCCAGAGGAGAAGCCUGAGGCUAAUGAUGGGAAGGAAACCAGCAAGAAGGCUGUAGCAGGAGAGCCCCCCCACCCAGCAUCGCCGGCGGCCACCCCGGCGCCGGCGGCCACCAAAAAGCCCACCUCUGAGCCUGUGCCUCUGGAUCCAGAGGUCCCACCCACGGAUCUGGCACCACCAACCUCCCCUGCCUCCAGUAAUUCACCAUCGGCGCUAGAUCUGGAGGAUCCUUUUGAAGUGGAGCUUGUGGAUUGGGAUGAGGAAGACAUUGAUGGUGCCGCGCCGGGCAUGGACGUAGCUGAUGCGGAGGCUGCUGACGCGAUGGCUGCCCACCUGACGACGAUGAGCUCAGCCUUGAAGACGGCGCCACCUGCCAUGGAUCCAACGGGUUCCGUCCCCGUGGAGCAUCCAAAGCCGACGAUGAACUCAGCAUUGAAGACGAUGCCACCUGAUCCGGCGAGAUCCGCCCCUGUGGAGCAUCCGAAGCCUCCUGGUGCUUCUCGGCCGCUCGUUCUGGGACGUGCGGGGGAAGCACGGGCCGGACGGGCCACUGCUGUUUCCCCUGCUAAAGACUGCACUGCGUCGGGCCGCUCCGUCACCUCGCUUUCAUCUGCAAGGGCAGCAGCAUCACCUCACCCGGCGCCCGAUUCAGGACCUGGCGGGGCGGCGGCCACCGGAAAGGGGCUCCCUUCACUGGCGGCGUGUGGAUCCAAGCCACUGCCCGGUCUCCUUCGGGCGAACCUUAACUCCGGCCCUGCCAAGCUCUGGAAGACUGGGGAGUGCUCCCGUGUUAAUGAACGCCUGGGCGAGCUCCAGAGCGGACAGGUUUCACCGUCUUGGCAUGCAGCGAAGACGAGGCGUCGAGGCCGCCAUGACUCCAUGCCUUUUCAGGCUACCUCCGACACACAAAGGAAGGGAAGGGACGCGGCGCGUGAGGGCUUUAAGAGGAGAGCCGCUGGCCGUUGCUACCGCUGCCUCGCCACAGACCAUCGCCUCGCUCAGUGCCGGGAACCGGUCCGCUGUUUGGAGUGCCGUGGAGUGGGUCACUUCGCCAGAACCUGCCCCUCCCGUCGUCAAGCAGUCUCGACCAACCUCCGGUCUAGGCUAGUAUUUCCUCCGGACAACAUCCACAGCCGCGUCAAGUUUCCGCCGCUCACCCACCCGUCGUCGCCACCACAGCCCGUGCCGACAACCAUGGCGUUCGUCCCUGGACAGGCCCUCCAGCGCCCUGCCCGCAACCACGUCAACAUCGUCGCGACGGAGGGUGUGCUGCGUGAGGCCAACAGGCUGCGCACGCACGCCGUCAUCAUCUCGGCGCCACAGGAGGGCUAUCGCUCCAAUGCUCUGGAGGUGGGCUAUGCCCUCUGGGCACAGCUGCGCAUCCCGCGGCACAACAUCCGGGGCUUCGUGGAGAUCGGGGGUUCUGCCUUCCAGAUCACGCCCUGGCGCGCAGCUGGUGGACCGACGGAGACGACAUGGUGGUACCACGUGAAGGUCGUCAUGGAGAACGUGCCCAGGGAAGCUUGGAACGAGGACGGGGUCAAGCUCAUUCUCGGCGACCCCUGCAUCUUCGACAACAUUGACACCAGCCCGGAGGCCAGGGAGACGCCGGACCUCCUGACCUCUUGGGUCUGGAUGGAGGACCCUGACGAGCUACCGAGGUCCAUCUCCUACACCUUCUUCGCUGCCAGGGCUGGCCAGGCAAUGCAGAUCAAUGGGCUUGGGCCGGUGCCAACCCGCAUCCCGGCCACACCGCCAAUUGGGCGGGAGGGUGAUAGCCUGAUCCUGGUACAUCUGGCGAGCUAUCAGGACUGGAGCCCGUCCUCCACAGACUCGGGCUCUGGUACGUCCUCGGAGCAUGGCAGCUCGGGGACGUGGUUCAUCCCCUUCGAGUGGACGCGCGGCGUCCUAGACGGGAGGGCGGCCAAGGGCAGGCGUGCCCAACCUGGUGGAUGCCGGCCGCCUCCCUCCACCUACGUGCGUAGGAACGACCACGACGACGACGAAAGGGGCCCCCGUCCCAGGGAGGAGCUGCAAAAGUCCUCCAGGGUCCGCCAGCUGUUCCCGGGCUGCUCCUCGGAGAGGAGUCUUUGGCGGUGCCGGUGUACAACCACCCGGCCAUUUGCUACUACCCCGAUGGUGACGAUCGCGGAGCUGAGUCCCCAGUGUACGUGCCUACCUCGGGCCCCUUUGCCCCUGGUGGACCGUUGUCUAACACUGGGCCAGGGGGGACAUGACAUUGUCUUCGGCCCGGGUGUCCAGGUGUCGCCGAUGGCUCAGUUGGUGGAGGAGUCCCAGGUGGAGGAGAUCUCUGAUAGGGUGACCAGGAUGGACAUCGACGGCACCCCUAGGUCAGGUAUGAUACUCGAGGCUGCUGGUGGGGCAGCAGAGCUUGCUGUUGCAGGAGGAUUGGGCACUAAUGAGGCCACGGUGGAGGACGGUGGGCAGGCUGUGGCUGGGGCAUCGGGCGUUGCGGCGUCCGUCGGCUGUGCGACUUUUUGCAAGGCGAUCGUCAAGGACACUACUGCACCGCUCCUUCCGAGGUCGGACACCCCGCAGCUACCGAGGGACGGCGCAGAGCCGCAGCAAAUGGUGAUAGUGGCCACCCGCACCAUCCUUAGGCAGUUUGCCUGA